GGGGAAUGAUGCAAACGUUCGGUUCCGACAGGUGCUUAUCCAGUACCCACGUAGUUCCGCACUGCCAAGAUGGUGCGCAUGAACGCGCUGGCCGACGCAUUGAAUGCGAUUAACAAUGCAGAGCGACGAGGAAAACGUCAAGUUCUUCUCAGACCUUGUUCAAAGGUUGUUGUACGGUUCCUGACUGUCAUGAUGAAACAUGGCUACAUUGGCGAGUUCGAGAUUAUCGACGACCACCGCGCUGGCAAGAUCGUGGUGAACCUGACAGGCCGCCUCAACAAGUGCGGCGUCAUCUCACCGCGCUUCGACAUCAAGCUGACGGACAUGGAGAAGUGGUGCAACAACCUGCUGCCCUCCAGACAGUUCGGGUACAUCGUGAUGACGACAUCGGGCGGCAUCAUGGACCACGACGAGGCCCGGCGGAAACAUCUAGGCGGCAAGAUCCUCGGCUUCUUCUUCUGAUCGCUGUCGCGCCGUGGCCAAUAAACGGAGACCGCGCGAGCGA